UCACAGCGUUUAUACAAUAUGUAUGCAAGGGAAAGUGCAACUUCUUCCCCUUCCUUCUUAAUUGCAAGAAGUAACAACAGUGAAACCGCAGGUCCACAUCUUUUUACUCCAGUUCUUGUAGAACACCUGUUUUUAGCACAACCUCCUUUGGUUUUAUAUUAUCGAAUUUUGUGUUUCGUGAACCGGUGAAUUAAGUGCACCUGUGUCUUCAGCGUCAUCAUUAAGAAUACUGAAGGCGCUCGAAUAAUGGUCUACGUAAUCCUGUUUAUGUUAAUCCUUCCCGUCUGUCGAAGUAUAGCGGACUGGCAACCCGUCCUGCAUCCCGAUUUAUAUCCAAAUUUGAAAACUCGAUUUCCCUCGGAACCGCAUUUUUCAAAUCUGCCAACUUUAAUUGCGCAAAGCUAUCAACAGCCGGGCCUACAGCACGGUGGAGGGCAAUGUGAUCUGCAUAAAGUUGGAUUCACGCAAGAUUUAUACUUUCAGUACAUACAGUAUAAGGCCGGCAUUCCCGAUUUGAAGGAAUUUACAUUGUGCUACUGGGCGAAAUUUAACAAUCACAGCAACGAUCAUCCGAUAUUCUCCUACGCAGUUGAUGGACAACCGAAAGCUAUUCUAUCGUGGGUGUCAAACACAGAACGGUCGAGUUACUUCAGUUUGGGCGUCGGGGGACACACCUUUUAUAGGCUAAAUUACCCUUUGAGGCUUAAUCGAUGGUAUCACACGUGUCAGAGCUGGAACGGUCGAACUGGCGAAUGGCAAAUUUGGGUAAACGCGGAGAGAGUCGGAAGAGGUUUUCAUAAUAGGUUGGUAGGCCACCAUAUUCCUUCCGGAGGUAUUGCCAUAACUGGUCAAGAACAAACGCAGUAUGGCGGAGGAUUCUUGGAAGGAGUUGAAGCUCCGAAAGGUUCUGGAGGCAUGCUUGGAGAAGUUACAAUGGUGCAGUUGUAUAGGGUCGCAUUAACCGCUGGAAAGGCUCACAAGGAUCAUAAACACCAUCACGCGCACACAUUCGAUCACAACGGCAUGCCCAUAACAACAACACCACGUCCGCCAAGCCCACCACGUCCAAUGACACCGACUCACCCACUCUUAACCGGUGGCCAACUCAAUCCCAACAUUGCGUUAACAAUCGCAAGCGGACAGAUGCCCCUGCAAGUGGUUCCGGGACAAAACUUCGACGCGCAAUUUCUAAAUGGUCAAUUUGUAAGCAACUUGGUUACGCAACAACUGAUGAACACGCCUCAAUCUCGCGGUCCUCAACAGUUCCUGGCGGACCCCAAUCAACAACCACAAGCCCAGCCACCACCAAUACAAUUUUUGACCUCGUUUUCGCAACUCCCAACCGCCCAGCCGUCACCCAUUCCCUCACGACCUCCAACUUCAUCUUUCAUAAGUGGAGGAUUAGUACACCCGUCCCUCAUAAAUCCGGCGAACGUGCAGUUUAUAGAUUCACCAUUUGGCAAUCACCAUCUCUUCAAAAGGGACCAAGAGAAUGCCACUCAAAGCGUUAAACAGAAGAGGCACGCAAGUGAAGCGGUCGACUCAACUUCGGAUGACAUGGAAGAAAAGAAGCACAUUAAAAGAGAACUUUACCUGAAAGAUGGCGCGUUCUUUGACGACAGUCUUUUCAAAAUUAACUUCGAUCAAUCUCUACUGAGUGGACUAGCUGGAAUUGGUCAAAAUCAGCCGAUACAGCAGCAGCAGAAGGAAUCAGAAAAGCGCGAACCGGCCGAAGCGGAAGUGAAAGCGAUACUGAAUCUGUGUUCGGGAUGCGCUGAAGAACCGUUCGGUAAAGCGUUGGUUUUCGGUUGGAGAACUGUUCCAAAAAAGCUCUAUUCGGGUGCGUUUUACACGCCGGCAAAUCCUCAAUGCAAAGCUUUCUAAAAUUGUGUCCAUAAAGUGAUGAUAGCCAUAUAUGUUUAGAGUAGCCAUUAAUUGUUAACCUUUAUUAUUGUUAUGUAUUUUUGUAUUUAGUAUUUAUGUGGUCAUCGAUGAACGUUUAAAAUAAAAGUAAAGCACUUA